AAAAAUUUUGACAUUGACAUUAGAGAUGCCAAGCCAAACAGCAGUCUUGUAACUCGUGUAUUUUUCCACAAAAUGAGCGAAAAUGACGAAGAAUUAACAACCUUUUGUGAUUCAGCUGCAGCGUUAGUUGAAGGAUGUCGUUUGCCAGUUCGUAUGCAAGGAGGAGACGACUGGCCUCUAGCUGAAAUCAUUAGUAUUAAAGAACACCAUGGACAGAGGGGGUAUUAUGUUCACUAUGUCGAUUUCAAUAAGAGACUGGACGAGUGGGUUGGUGAGUCAUGGUUGGACACACGGAAGGUCCAGUUUCCUCGGAGGGAUGGUGCUCCAACUGGGGGCACAACCACUCCCAAGAAGACACAUAUUGGAUCAGGAGGUGGCAUGAUGCCUAAUUUUAUUAAUGAUACAGUCUGCAAUGAGAAGUCUAUUAGCAAUAACAUUAGACCCACCCCUGUGCCCCAACAGCCUCAGCCAAAAAAACCUGAAAAAGCGCACUUUAGCAAUGCACUCAAUGGUUCCACACAAAAAAAUGCACAUGCUCCGUUAGCUACAGUGAUGCCUACGAGUAUCACAAGCGAGCCCAGGCAACUCAUAUCGAGGCCGGCCAGUCCAACCCUGGGCCAUGACACCUCAUCGCUAGUCAACGGGGGCGCUGUCUUAGCGGCCGCUUUACAAAAGAAGAUGAAUAGAAAAAGAAAGGCAAACUCUCUGGAUAAUGAGCCUGAUCCCAUAACAGUACUAGAAGCUGACGGUACUGAAGCGAUACCAAGCGGCGCGGCGACGCCCACAGCCCGCCCCCGCCAGUCCGGCAGUUUAGUCGCCCACGGCCAUGACGACCUUGUGACCAGAAUGAAGAACAUAGAAAUGAUAGAACUGGGUAGACACAGGAUCAGGCCGUGGUACUUCGCUCCUUACCCCCAAUUGUUGGUUGAUUUUCAGGAAAUGGUCAAUUUACCAUGUAUAUACAUAUGUGAAUUCUGUCUGAAGUACAGGAAGAGUAAAAAGUGUUUGGAACGACAUUUGGUUAAAUGUAAGCUAAAACACCCGCCCGGCAACGAGAUUUAUCGCAAAGGGAGCAUAUCUUUCUUCGAAAUCGACGGGCGGAAGAACAAAUGUUACGCCCAGAACCUGUGCCUGCUCGCCAAACUGUUCCUAGACCAUAAGACGUUGUAUUACGACACGGAUCCCUUUUUGUUUUACGUUAUGACUGAAUUUGACUCCAGAGGUUUCCACAUAGUAGGUUAUUUUUCAAAGGAGAAAGAAAGCACUGAAGACUACAAUGUAGCGUGUAUAUUAACAUUACCUCCAUACCAAAGAAAAGGAUAUGGAAAAUUACUUAUAGAAUUUAGUUACGAAUUAUCAAAGUUUGAAGGAAAAACGGGUUCACCAGAGAAGCCACUGUCAGACCUUGGAUUACUUUCCUAUAGAAGCUACUGGGCACAGACAAUACUAGACAUACUCAUGCACAGCAAACCUGUAGGAGACAACGAGAAACCAAUCAUUACUAUCAACGAAAUAUGUGAAUUGACCAGCAUAAAGAAAGAAGAUGUUAUUAGCACAUUACAAAACUUAAACUUAAUAAAUUAUUAUAAGGGCCAGUACAUAAUCUCAGUUAAUAAGGAAACAAUACAACAGCAUGAUAAAGCCAUGGAAAAACGCAUGCUACGAAUCGACCCAAAAUGUUUGCAUUGGACGCCCAAAGACUGGUCGAAACGGGCCAAAUGCGUUUGAAGUGAUAGUGUCUCGAAGAUGCGAGCUAUCUAACACAGGCUUCGAAACGUAGAAUAAUCAUGUUUGAACUGAUUUUGAGCCGUCAAAUAUGGAUAAACAAGAUACCGUGAACAACAGACGCCAGUCCAUAUCUGGGUCAUCAGCAGAGUUUUGUACCGCGUUAGUACUUAUUUUCUUUGAUAUGCCGUUCAGUGUAUAUGUUUCGUUCGAAUUUUUUGAAAGUAAAUGAUGAACUGUAUACAACCUUUAAUAUGGUCUUAAUAUAUUAAAUAGACACACUUUGAUUUUCCUAUAACUAUGCAAGUCAAUAAACUCUGGUAAAACGAAAUAGAGGAGUUUGCAGACUUUACACUGCAAGUUAUUUGCGUUUCCUUAUUAUAACGUUUUUUUUUUAAAGUACAACUUUAUCUGACUGGAUAAUUUUUGGUCAACUCGUACCAUAGGGUGGUCGAUUGCGCCGAUCAUAAACUUUUUUAAACGUUAAAUAUUCUUUUUUCGCAUCUAGUUUCAGAAAUGUUUGUUUUAAUAACACCUUUAAAAGGACCAUGGAUACAAAAUACAGUUUUUUAAAUAUAGUAAUGAUUUCCUAUUUUGGUGUGCUACAGUUGUCGAAAUUUUAUCAUUUACAAAUAUUUGUGGUGUUCCAAAAAACUCCCAAGUUAACUGUGGCUCUGUUUUCUUCCACUUUUAAUUUGAAAAUGUUAUUUAUGUGUCUGUUACUGCAAAAAUGUUGCGUGUAAAAUACAUUUUGUAAGACUUAUUGUGAUAUUAAACGGUAUCAUUUAUUUA